GAAAAAUAAUGUUUAUAAUGAUAAUCUUUGUAUUAUUAUUAAUUACUUGUAUUAUUAUUGAAUAAUUACAAAAUCUCGUCAUUUAUUAGUUCAUAAAUUUUUGAAAAAUAUUUAUGCGAGAAAUUGAAGAAAAGGAAAAUCGGCAAAAAUGAUGUUCAAUUUCUGUAAAGUGGAAACGUGACUUAAUAAAAGUGACACAUUUGCAAAGAUCCGUGACCCACGAGGCCACUAACAGAGCUUCAAAAAGUUUAAAAAUAGUAAAAUAGUUGGAAUUGGAUUCUUAUAUCUUAGUCACGAUAGUUUCGAAAUAUGGCUUCGAAAGUAACACUGUCCCAGGCUCUGGGUACAGAUGGAAGUGAUUUUAAUCAUAGACAAAAAAUUGCUAGUCACUAUCAAAUCAGCGCAACAAACAAAUCAAGACUGAAAUAUUGUAUAUUUUUUCAUUAUCUUCUUUUCUUCGUUAUGCUUGCCAAGUUGUCAGCUGAUAUUUUAGACCAUUUGGAUAUAUUCAUCUUGGAGAUUGAAGAAUUACAAGUACCUCAGCCUUUAUGGUGGGAAUAUAUUUGGUGUACGAGUUUGAUGCUGAGUUUCCUUGGAUUGUCUGCCAUUAAAAGAAAUAGAAUUAAAACAUUGCAACAAUACAUGAUCGGUAUAUUCCUACUCGGAUACGGUCCAUUACUUUAUGCAGUUAUAUAUUAUUUCAAGGAUGUUUGGAAAUAUUUAACUGUUGGUAAAACAGAUGAGAUUCAUUUCUGGCAGGAUCUACCAUAUGGGUUAUUGUGGUAUGCAUUUAUUCUGUUAGCAUCCCAAGUUCAUUCUUUUUCUUUGUAUUUUUCCUGGAAUCUUUUGGUGGCUUGGAAAACGCGGGGAAGUAAAAAAGCUGAUUAAUUUAAUAAUAAAAUUCAUUGAAAUCAAGCAUAUCUGUGAGCACUACUGAUAAUACAAUGAUAUAUACAUGUAUGUACUAUUAACUAUGAAAUUAAAACUAUGUUAUAUAAAUAAUAUAAUUAAUAUAGAAAAUAUUGUUAAUGUGUAA